UUUCGCCGCGACCACAACGAUCGCGGUUGUUAUGUGGAACGACUAAAGGAGCAUUUUGAUCGUUGUGAGCGCUUAGUGGAACGCACCGAUAGUUACUUAAAGAUAAAUUUAUUUUAGAAUUUAAUUUCUUUUGAAUGGAAAGAAAUUUGAAAAAUAUUUCCUAAAACAUUAAUUUUUUUCAUUGUAAUUUUAUUAAGAUUUUACAAAUGCAGGUUGCCCAAGAUAAACUAAAAAUUUUAGCUAUUCAUGGAUAUCAUCAGUCCGAUGUCAUAUUUAAAAGUAAAUUAGGCUCUUUGCGUAAGGGCUUUAAGAAACAAUUGGAUUUUACAUUUGUAAGAGCACCUCAUAAAAUUCCAACUGAAAAUGAACUUGUCAAAGAUGCAGAAGAAAGUGACUAUGGUUGGUGGUUCAAUACCGAAGAUCGUGUAUUCAAAGCAACCGUACCAAGUGAUCAUUGUAUAGGCUUUGAGGAUAGUUUAGACUUAAUUUUAAAAACAUGCCAAGAACAAGGUCCAUUUGAUGGGAUUCUUGGUUUUUCACAAGGCGCAGCCUUUACUGCUAUUUUAUGCGUUAUGCAGCAAAGAAAAAUGUUUCCAUUUAAGUUUAAUUUUGCCAUUAUCAUAUCGGGAUUUAAAUCAUUAUGCAUGCCACAUGCUGAGUACUAUACAGAAAUAAUAGAUAUACCUUCGUUGCAUAUUUAUGGUCAAAGCGACAAAGUCAUUCCAACUGAUAUGACUGAGAAAGUAUGUGAUUUAUUUAAAGAUUGUAACAAAGUUAUACACGAAGGUGGACAUUAUGUACCUAGUCAAAAAAAUAUUUAUAAAACUUUCAUUAUGGACAUGAUGGAAAGAAAAUUGCACUAAUAAAUUUCUUAUGAUAAAUUAAUUAUUCGAUUAAUGCGUCAAGAUCGAUACCAUAAUUUAAUUAUAUAUAUGAAAUUGUAUUUAUAAACAAGACUUACUUUUAUGAUACAUAAAGUGUGCAUUUUUACAUCAUAAGUUUUAUAAGAAAUAAAAAAAAAAACCUCGAUAUAGUAAUAUUAGCAAAUAUAUUUAAAACUUACAUAAAACAUUAACUCUCUGUACAAAGUGAAAAUAAACACAAUUUCAUAAUAUCAUUAGCAAGAUUUAGCAAGUUACAAUUGCAUUUAUUUAUUUAUUACAACGGAUGUUAAAUAAAAAUGUUCUUGUUAAUAAAAUUAAAAUCAAUUCGUGAAAAAACUCUUUUACAUAUAAAAUGUACAUAUAAAUGAAUUGUUAAAUAAGCUGUUGAAUCAAAUAAUAUGGAAGG